AUUAAAGUCAAGCCAUAAAUCAAAUACUCUUUCUGUGUAGUAGCUGCAUUUUCAAGAGUAUUUCCACAACAAUGGCAGCUUCAACAAUGGCUCUCUCUUCCUCUUCUUUUGCCGGAAAGGCGGUGAAACUCUCACCAUCUUCCUCUGAGAUCAGUGGAAAUGGAAAAGUCACCAUGAGGAAGACUGUGACCAAGGCGAAGCCAGUCUCUUCUGGCAGCCCAUGGUAUGGUCCUGAUCGUGUCAAGUACUUGGGCCCAUUCUCCGGUGAGUCCCCAAGCUACUUGACUGGUGAGUUCCCUGGUGACUACGGUUGGGACACUGCUGGACUUUCAGCUGAUCCAGAAACUUUUGCUAAGAAUCGUGAGCUAGAGGUGAUCCAUUGCAGAUGGGCCAUGCUUGGAGCUCUUGGUUGCGUCUUUCCUGAGCUCUUGGCUCGUAAUGGUGUCAAAUUCGGUGAGGCUGUAUGGUUCAAGGCUGGAUCCCAAAUUUUCAGCGAGGGUGGACUUGACUACUUGGGCAACCCAAGCUUGGUCCAUGCACAAAGUAUCUUGGCCAUUUGGGCUUGUCAAGUCGUGUUAAUGGGAGCUGUUGAGGGUUAUCGUGUUGCUGGUGGACCUCUUGGUGAGGUUGUUGACCCACUCUACCCUGGCGGUAGCUUUGACCCAUUAGGCCUUGCUGAUGACCCAGAGGCUUUUGCUGAGCUCAAGGUGAAGGAGAUCAAGAAUGGUAGACUUGCUAUGUUCUCCAUGUUUGGAUUCUUUGUUCAGGCUAUCGUCACCGGAAAAGGUCCAUUGGAGAACCUUGCUGACCAUCUUGCUGAUCCAGUUAACAACAACGCCUGGUCCUAUGCCACAAACUUUGUCCCCGGAAAGUGAAAUUCUUAAAAAUUAUCACUUUUUCUUAUGGUGCUAUUGUAAAAUACUGAAGUCAAUUCUGUCAUUCUCACUUGCAUGUUAUGUGCUUUCCAUGAAUUAAAUAUACAUGUUAAAGGGGGGCAAUA